AUGGCGGCUUUACCGUCACUAACGCCAGUUAUCAUCGGUAUCGGCGAGAGUCGUCAGAAAGACUUCACCAUCGAAACAUGCCGAGAGCCGGCUGAGCUCAUCUUAUCAGCUAUCCGCGAUGCAUCCAAGGACUCUAGCAUUAAUGCCGUUGAGAAAUUAGACAGUAUCUCCGUUGUGCCACCGUGGUCCUGGAACUACGACGAUCUGCCUAAACUGCUUGCGCAAAGACUUGGUAUCCAGCCAUCUCAUCUCGAACUCGCUAGUCAUGGAGGGAACACGCCUGCUCUUCUCUGUGACAAAGCUGCUGCGAGGGUCGCGUCUGGAGACGUCAAGAUGGCUGUUGUUACAGGAGGAGAAGCAUUGGCCUCACUUUUCGCUUGUCAAAAGGCUGGGAAAAUUCCUCCACCAGGGUGGACUGAGAUGAGCCCGGAUGCCAAAAGAUACAGUCCGGGAGAUACAUCUCUUAAGAAAGGAGCUGGUGCGACACAUUCAAUCGGCAACCCAAUCCAAGUGUACCCUCUGUACGAAAACGCAUACAGGAAGCAAAACCAGCAAUCCUAUAUCGAGAACCACCACGAAUCAGCAGAACUCUAUACUCAAUUCGAUAAGAUAGCGUGCCAGCAUCCCAACAGUUGGAGAGCAGAGGAAACCCCACGAACGCUUGAAGAUAUCAAGACAGUGAGCAAACGCAAUAGAAUGAUAUGCACACCUUAUCCAUUAUUAAUGAAUGCAUUCAAUGGAGUCAACUUGGCCGCUGCUUGUAUCAUCACGUCAACCGAGUAUGCUACCAAGUUGGGGGUACCGCGUGAGAAAUGGGUGUAUGUGACGGGUGGUGCUGGCUCGAACGACAGUUCGGACUUCUGGGAACGAUCGAACUAUUACUCAAGCCCUGCCAUUGAGUAUUCUAUCGACAACGCUCUGAAAGCUGCUGGACUCAAGAAAGAUGAGAUAGACUGCUUCGACUUUUACUCGUGCUUCCCUAUCGUACCGAAGAUUGCUUGCAAACAUGUUGGACUCGACCUGCUGAAUCCAAAGAAGCCCAUAACGCUCCUUGGUGGAUUAACUUCUUUUGGUGGCGCAGGAAAUAAUUAUUCGCUACACGCCAUCGCGGAGAUGGUCCGAGUUAUUCGCAAAGGCAAAUACCAGAACGGUCUAGUUCUUGCCAACGGCGGAGUUCUGUCCUGGCAACACGCUAUCUGUCUGUCUGCAAAGCCAAAGAGAAAUGGCUCGGCCUAUGAAGCACCAGCAGUUCUUGACAAUGGACAAACGUCUCAAGGUCCGACAUUUACUGCUCAGGCACAAGGCGAAGCCAUAAUUGAGACAUACACCGUGGAUCAUGAUCGAAGUGGUCCGAAGUUGGGACAUAUCAUAGGAAGGCUUGUCGAAACUGGUGACAGGUUCAUUGCGAACCAUGGCGAUGAGAUGACUUUGUCGGCUCUCCCACACUAG